AUGUCGCUCGUGUCCGGCGAGAAGACGAACUUCCAGUACAUCUUGCGUCUGCUCAACACCAAUGUUGACGGCAAGCAGAAGAUCAUGUACGCCUUGACCCAGAUCAAGGGUGUCGGUCGCCGCUACUCCAACUUGGUUUGCAAGAAGGCCGAUGUCGAUCUGAGCAAGCGCGCUGGUGAGCUUACCACCGAAGAACUCGAGCGUAUCGUCACCAUCCUCCAGAACCCCACCCAGUACAAGAUCCCCACCUGGUUCCUCAACAGACAGCGCGACAUCGUCGAUGGCAAGGACUCCCAGGUUCUGUCCAACGGUCUGGACAGCAAGCUCCGUGAGGAUCUUGAGCGCCUGAAGAAGAUCCGCUCCCACCGUGGUCUGCGUCACUACUGGGGUCUGCGUGUCCGUGGUCAGCACACCAAGACCACCGGCCGCCGUGGACGCACCGUCGGUGUCAGCAAGAAGAAGAGCUGA